ACCGACACUGCAGCCGAAAUGCUUGUAAAACUAGGCGCUGAUAUCCGCGCAAGAGACUCCACAGGCACCACUCCUCUCCAUGCUUUCGCAGCCAAAGGCCACACAAACGCGCUGAAAGCAGCCAUCCAUCUCGGCAAAGCAGACGUCAACGCCACAACAAAACAUCAACAGACACCACUGCACCUCGCCAGCCAGAACGGCCACACAGAAGCAGCCUCACUGCUCAUGUACGCGGGAGCGUUCCCCGACGCCGCCGACGCAGAGGGCAUGCGGCCACUGCACCACGUCGCCAAACACGGGCACGCGGCGCUAUGCCAGCUCCUACUCCCACACGUCAUCGACCCAAGCGCGCCCGCAAAGGACUGCUGGCGCCCACUGCACCACGCGGCGCAGCAGGGGCAGGCGGACGUCGUGCGCGCGCUGCUC